AAUAAAAGUUUAUUAUUUGUACAAAAAAUAGGGGGCUUUUUCAAAUAUACAUUGUUCACCACACGGCUCUUCUGCCCUUGAACAGAGAAAAAGAUGCCCCCUCAUCUUUGCGCGCAUCUGAAGUAGGACAGAGAGAGCCAGCCAGGCCGAGGCAGGCAGGCCAGGUAGGCAGCCCAAAAGGAAAGUAAAUCCAAACACCCUCCGACCCGAAACCAAAAAUCAAAAGCAAAAACCAAAACCAAAACCAAAACCAAAACCAAAACCCUCAUGUGAAAAGAAGCGAAAUCAGGGGUAGCAAUAACAAUAAUCACUUCUCUUUCUUCAUUUCCAAGUCUGACCCAUUUCACAUUCUCCCCAGUCCUCCCUAAAACCCCUCCGGAAAUUUCAAAUCCAGCCAUGAUUUGAUCUAUCGCCGCCCUCAAAUGGGUCCUCCCGCAAAACCCUUUUGUCUUUUCUCUCUGAUCUUUCUGAUUCUCUUCGAUAUUCUUGCUGAAUCUGCUCCCGAUUACUCCGCCUUGGUCUUCAAGGGCUGUUCGAAGCAGGACCUCGCAGAUCCAACUGGCGCCUACUCUCAAGCUCGCUCCACCGUCCUCGGCACCUUGGUUUCCCAGUCCACUAAAGUCAAGUUCUACAAAGCCAACGCCGGCGGCGGCCAAACCGCCUUCUCCGGCCUGUUCCAGUGCCGAGGCGACCUCAGCAACGCCGACUGCUACAGCUGCGUCAGCAACCUGCCGACGCUCCUGGACAAGCUCUGCGGGCAAUCUAAAGCCGCGGCCAGGAUUCAGCUCUAUGGGUGCUCGAUGCACUACGAGGUCGCCGGAUUCGCUCAGGUCUCCGGCAUGGAGAUGCUGUACAAGGCUUGUGGGUCGAAGAACGUCGGCGGAAGCGGGUUCGAGGAGCGUCGGGACACGGCGCUUUCGGCAUUGGAGAGCGGCGUCGGCGGCGGAGGCAACGGGUUCUACGCGACGACCUUCGAAUCGGUGUAUGCGGUGGCGCAGUGCGAGGGAGAUUUGGGGAGUGCUGAUUGUGGGGAGUGCGUGAAGAGUGCUGUGCAGAGAUCUCAGGUUGAAUGUGGGAGCGCUGUUUCCGGCCAAAUGUAUCUUAAUAAGUGUUUCAUUGGUUACAAUUACUACCGAAAUGGGGUGCCCAAGAAUCCAUCAUCGUCUUCGUCAUCAUCAUCUUAUUCAUCUCCUUCAGGGCAGAAUACAGGGAAGACAGUAGCUAUAAUAUUAGGAGGGGCAGCAGCAGUGGCGUUGGUAGUUGUUUGUUUGUUGUUCGCCAGAGGCUUGUUGAAGAAACGCGAUGAUUUUUAGAAGGAAAGAUGCAUUAGUUCAAGAGCCAAAAGUUCCAUUGGAGGUGCAUUUUUUUUUUUUUUCUUUCGAUUUUUCAUUAAUUUCAAGGAAGAAAUUGUUUGACUUCUGUGAUAGACAGAAGCUGCUAUGGGAAAAGAGAGAGGAGGGUUGGAACCUGGGACUGGGAUAGGCUUAUGUGGGGGAAUAUGGAGAAAGGAUCAAGUGGGAGUGUGCCAGUGUGGUAUGAGAAGUAUGAGAACUAACCCAGGUGAAAAGAAAAAAUGAGAAAAAGAAAAGGAAAGAGGUAGGAAUGAAUGUCGAUUUUGGGUUGUUGAGAAUAUAUGAGUAACAAUUUUUUCUUU